CUUUUUCGCAUCACAUCUAACUUCAAUAAUAGGCGAGUAGAAACCAUUCUGAACUCGACGUCUAGAGCUUCUAUUUAUUGAUCUUAACACCACAAUCCGUUAAAAUUGUCAAAUGUUAUAAAACAGCAAUGGAAGAAUUGACUCGGAUAAGUCCGAAAUAAAGUGCACAUCACGACUCAAACGAUGGAUGCACACGACAACUUCUCCGGUAUAGUAAGGAAGCACUAUGCAAUACGCUUUAUAAUACCUUACAUAUGUCCAACGUGAAUGGGGAAAGUAUAGGGUCAAAGAGCUUCAUUGGUAGGUGGCUCACCUACAUAUAUGCGAUGGGUGAUAUUUUCUCCAAAUGGCGCAAUCGAUGUUCGUGAGCCCAUUCCAAGUCUCGUUGACCGAACAUAAAGAGGCAAGUCGCAACCGAGUCCAACUCCACUAGCAGUUGAGAGGCAAACCCAAUUAUUAUGGCGACUGUCACGUACGUUACCCCUGCGGCGGUGAAGCCCCCAGGACAGCCCGAUAUUUCGUAUGCACCGGAUUUCAAGAAAUAUGAAGCCCGAAGAGAUAGCCGCAUUAAAUCUGGUGGCUUGCAAAAGGAACUCCCCAAAGGGCUGCCCCAGCAGCUAACUGGAAAGCUGGUCUGGGAGGGUGACUCGCUUGCAAAAGAAUACGACUGGACGUAUGUGCUUAAACAAAGCCAGCUCGAUGAAAUAGAUCUCGCCGUGAAGCAUUUCAAGUCUCUCAACUUACCCCUGGGCUAUGUGAGCCAGGAGACAUUCCCAUUACCAAGCCUACAUUCUGAGCUGCGGAAGUUAUCUGAUGAGCUCCAUAACGGACAUGGCUUUUUCGUAAUUCGCGGUGUUCCCGUUGACAAGUACAGUCGCGAAGAGAACAUCAUCAUCUACGCGGGCUUAUCGGCACAUAUCGCCCCUAAACGAGGCCGCCAAGACAGCAAGUUCGACGGCAAGCCUGCGGUCGUUACGUUGUCUCAUAUCAAGGAUUUGAGUGGUCCCGGGCGCAAUGAGGUAAUUGGUAGCCCGGCUUUCACUACUGACAAGCAGGUAUUCCACACCGACUCGGGUGAUAUCGUUUCCUUAUUCGCGCUCGAAACGGCUGCCGAAGGUGGUGCAAGUAAGCUCGCGAGUACUUGGCGAGUGUAUAAUGAGAUCGCCCGUACCCGUCCCGAUCUUAUUCACACGUUGACCGAGAAUUGGGACCCGGAAAACUUCGGUAAUCACGAGCAGCCGUUUACAUCAAGGCCCAUAAUGCAUUAUCAGCCGGCUACUGAAUCGGAGCCAGAACGCGUGAUUCUCCAGUAUGCUCGACGUUCGUUCGUCGGAUUCGGUGCCUUGCCUCGAAGCCCGACUAUUCCACCAAUCACCGAAGCUCAGGCAGAGGCGUUAGAUACAUUGCACUUCCUUGGCGAGAAAUUCUGCGUCGACACGUAUUUUCAAAAGGGAGAUAUUCAAUAUGUCAACAACUUGGCUUUAUUUCACGCCCGAGACGGGUUUAGGAAUGAAGGCGAUAAGCAGCGACAUCUGUUACGAUUCUGGUUACGCGAUCCGGAGAAUGCAUGGAAGACGCCGGAGGUACUAAAGGAGAGAUGGGCUUUGCUCUACGAUGACAGAGCGCCAGAGUCUGAGGUUCUACCGCUUGAGCCGUAUAUUCGAACUGCAGGUAACAAGAGUGGUCGAGUGGGUUGAUGAUCUUGGCGACACCGAACUCCAAAUCAGUAUAUAUAAGCCGACAAGAGUAAAUGUGCCCGGGCAUAGCCAAUGACACGACGAAGGAGCGGCUUCCAUCGGCUCUUCUUCAAUCUCCGAGUAUUAAAUUGAAGACCUGCGAAAUGAUAUUUAGGUAGGUUCUAUUGUGAACACAAUCCUGUAGCACCACGGCCAACCAAACUACUCUCCGAAAUAGUCAUAACGGCAUAUCUCGUAUUACUUGGCGUACAUAUCGUGUAGCUUUGAUGGUACACCCUAAUAAAAGUAUGUUUCGGCGUUAUUGAAAUAGCUUGGUGAUGUUGGAACGCUUCGAUAUCAAUGCGGCGGACAAGACUCGCCGCAAAAUCAUACGCACCCACGUUUUCUCGAGGCUAUAACCUGCUAGCGCCUAUAUAAAAAUAACAUAGUAUACAUGAUUAUAUGCUUGGAAUUACGCAAAGGUUUA